AAAAUAUUGAAAAUGAACAUUGGAUUGUUAACCUUAUUUUUUUUUACUAAAAGUAUUUCGUUUGAAGAUGGACUUGUUGAUUGUAAAAUAAAUGAUGUAGAUUUCAGAAAAGAGUAUACGACAUAUUUCAAACAAGUAAUGAAUCACAUGCAAGUACAACAUUUAAAUCUAGAACACGUAUCAAUAAGGAUUGAAAAUGAUAAAUUGAUAAAUAUAAAUGAAGUUAUAAAAUAUAAACUGUAUGAUAUUUGUGAAUACUUAAAAAUAUACUAUCAUAUAAUUGAUUUAAUUAACUAUUUAUUUGCUGAUGUACUACAAAAAUUUACUGAACAUCUAAAAAUUAUUAUAGAUAAUUGUAAACAUUUUUUUGAAGAAAAUUCAUUUGAAAAUGCAAUUUAUUGCACUGUAGUACUUUUAAAUGCAGCUAAAAAUUCAAAUAUGAUGUUUGAAUAUUUAUACAAAGCGAUAACAUUUAUUGAUUACUUAGAUAUGAAGUUAGUAAAUAGUUCAUUAAUUCAUCGAAAAACGGUAGUAGAAGAAAUUUAUACCGUUAAACAUUAUACGUAUCAAAUGAAAACCUCAGAAAUAAUAAACUAUGUAAAUAAUGAUGGAAGCAUCAAAAUUAAAGAAGUUAAAGAAGAUUACAAUGAUAUAAAUAAUUUUGUUGAUAAAGUAGUUGCCAUUACACGUGAAUUUUUUAAAAAUUAUGUUAUUAUUAUAAAUAGUGCAAAUGAUAUGAAUAUACGAGAAAAGUACUAUUGUGAAUACUAUUCCAAUAAUUGUAAUAUGAAACUUGUUGAUUUUAUUAGUGAAAAGUUAAAAAAUUAUUAUUUACAAACAAUUACUGACUAUUAUUUAAAAAUUGGUUUCCAUGAAUUACUUCAUCCUAGUACAACUGAGCUCACACCCCCUCAAAAAUACAACUUGACUCAAAAAAAAGCAAUCCAAACACUAAAUAUUUUGUUCCGUGAAAUUAGACAUUGGAAGCUAUUAAAUCAUAUAAAAAUAAUAAUUGAUGAUGAAAUAAUCACUACUGAUCGAAUUAUUAGAGACACUGUAGAUAAUUUUAAUUUUAAUCUAAAAAAAAAAUUCUUUACACAGCUGAUAAGGUGCAGAUAUACUGAAGUAUUAAAAAAAUAUAACACGUAUAUGUCUACUAUUAUAGAAAUAUGUAAAAUUGAAAUCAGUAAAAAAAAUGUAUAUAGUAUUAUAAAUUGCAUUGUAAACUUUCUUGAUGCGGUUAAAAAUUCAAAAGAAAUGUUUAAAAACAUGUUGUUAGCUUUAGACAUAUUAAAAGCUGAAUCAAUUUGGGAAUAUAUGUAUAAUACACAAUCAUCAUUAGUACAAACUUAUACUUUAUUAAGUAAUUUUAUGCCCAAAAUUGAACAGCUUUCUUUAACGAGAAAUGAUUUUUUCAAUUUAUCUACCAAGGAAGUAAUAUCAAAAGCCAAUAAAUUCUUAUUAGAUUUUAAAACAGCGCGAAAACAAUUUAAUCAAAUGCUAUAUAAACAAAAAUAUUAUUCCAGUAAACGGUGCUUGAUUGAAGGCGAAGUUUUUAAAAAAAGACAAUUAAUAAAAUCAUGGGACACAUUCAUUACAUCAUAUAAUACGAUAAACACUAAUGAAAAACCAAUACUUUUGUUUGAAUACGCAUUGGAUCAAUUUAGAACAUUUUAUGAUGUUGCUACUACAAGUGAAUAUGAUUGUUUAGGAUUCAAUAAAAUAAAUAGUUGUAAUUGAAAAUUUUUCUAUUUUUAUUUUAUAUUAAAUAUAUACAUUUUAUUAAAUGUUUACUUAGAAUAAUUAAUUUAGCGUUGAGUCCAAAUAGUGGAAAUGCUAAUUUUGAAUCCACCCCUGUAGACAGGUAAACGGUCCGAUUUAUAAACUAAUAUACCAAAUAAUAGAUAAAGACAUCAUGCAUUUAUAAAAAAAAAUUUAUAGAUCCAUUCAUUUUUCAAAA